CCUUGAAGAUUCUCUCAGGCAAGCAGAACAAAAGAAAAAAGAAGCUGAAAAAUUAAUUCAAAAAACUUACCAAAAACAAUGCAGAGUACUCUUAAACGAUAUUAACUCAAUCAAGUCGGAAAUAAUUUCAGAUUCUGAUGACUCGAUUUGUACUUUUACAGAUGAUAUUUUAAAACAAAGUUGCAGUAAAGUAGUUGAUGUAUCAACACGUAAUAUCCAUUACCAAGAUCUACAUCCAAAGAUUGAUAAAAUUAUCAAAUCUCAGUUUUUGAUUGAAAGUGAAAUGCUUAAACAAACAAACAUACUGGAAGAGUUCAUGGUGAAAACGGAAAUCUCUCUUCAAUUAAUGAUGCAAAAAAUUAAUCAAAAUGACGUGCUGGGAGAGGAAUUGUUUGGUUUUAAUCAUAAUUUUCCCUUGACUACAAAAGAUCAAUUGGAUGAAUUGGAAAGAAAAAUUCGUAACGAUCUUCAAUUUAGACAAACAUUGGUCCGUAAAUUGUGCACAAUGGGAGGCAUCGACGGACCAAAAACAAUUCGAAUUAUUGCCAAGUUUUUGUUGGCCGACAUACUUUUAACGGAAUUUUCUUGGAUAGGAACAGAUACGAAGAAAAGUUUCAGACAAUAUAGGAACAUUUUUACGUCCGUUUUAGAUGCGGUGAGAGCGCGUUAUCCUUCUUACAGCGAUGAAGAUGGAACUACUUUUUUUAAAACCUUCAUAAAGCAGGCUCGCUUCAGAUGUUUAAAAAGAGGAGAAGUUGAUGCGAAAACACAAGAGAACUCAAAAAAAUAAUAGUUUUGUAUAUUACAUUAUUUUCAUUUAAUUUUAUUUUUAUUUAUAUUUUUUAUUUCAAUUAAAACAAUAAAACAACAACAUAUUUAA